AAGCGUUUCAAUUUUGUGACUUAACAGUUAUUAUUUUACUACACCUUAUAGUGAUAAUUUCCAGGAAAAUAGUGCAAAAAAAUUUUCUCUUUUUCGAAGAGAUGUUACAAAUUUUGUGCAUAAUUUUCGUAAUUUCUUUAAACUUACUUAGUGAAGCAAUUAAUGCAAAUUUUCAGCCACUCAAUAAGGAAAGUAAAAUAAUUGGGGGUACAGUAAUACCUAUAAACAUAGCAAAAUAUCAGGUUUCGGUACGACUAAAAGCAUUAGAAGGGCAGUACGGCUAUGGACAUGGUCAUCUCUGUGGUGGCUCAGUGAUAACGCAAAGAUUAGUAUUAACUGCUGCUCAUUGCGUAACAAACUCGAAUUUGGACGUGCCUGUUACAAGGAGUCCCAGAGAAUUAACUAUCGUCAUGGGUUCCGUACUAUUAUACCACAGAUUACCAAAUAAUUUGCAAUAUACUGUACAACAAGUUAUCCAACAUGCAGAUUUUAAUACGACUACAUUAGUAAAUGACAUAGCUUUGUUAUUUCUAAAUGGCUACGUACCCUGGAAUUGGCCUACGGUAAAAACUAUACCAAUAAAUACGAAAGAAGUGUUAGUCAAUACUAUGUGUUGUGUAACUGGUUGGGGUAGGAUGGCAAAUGGGCAAACUUCUAAAGUUCUUCUAGCCGGGCAAGUACCGAUUAUCAAAUAUACGGAAUGCUGUGAAAAUUAUGGUAAUUUACCGCAAUCUAUGCUUUGUGCUGGUUACAUGCGAGAAGGUGGAAUAGAUGCUUGCCAGGGUGACUCAGGUGGGCCUUUAGAAUGUAACGGUCAACUAGUUGGUAUUGUUUCGUGGGGUAACGGUUGUGCAGAACCCGGAAAUCCCGGUGUUUAUACUAAUGUUUCUGGCUUUUAUGAAUGGAUUUUAAAAAUUAACAAUUCUCUUAACUAUACUUAUUACAGUGAUGCUUCGAACAUUAUCAACAACACGUCUAUUUUCAUUGCUGCAUUGACAACAUUACGUAACUUCUUUGAUUGGGUUUUUUGUUAAACAACGAAAUGUUUCUUAAGCUAAGAAAAAUAUAUUUAGCUUAAGUAAAAAAAAUGAAGACUGAUAAUAAAAGCACAAGCAUA